AUGAGGCCAUUGUAUGGUGUACCAAGAGAAGUCCAUACCAUGGCAUCAGCGAAAGUUCUGGUGAUCUCAGGAGGUGGAGCGCCGAAAGAGAUCGAGUACGGGACCAUGAUGCUCUCCUUGACCCUCAACCACGAUCUUGUUUGGGUAGCGCAGACUAGUGCUCUCCCGCCGGGCAGCUACAAGUGGUUGAUCGAGCUUCACUCGGAUGAGCUCGCUGGUCCACACCGUAAGAUCAGACAGGUGAUGUUGUACCUCGACAUCAGGGCCAACGACGGUCAUUGCAUACGAACCCUGCCCGACAUCGACUUCGAGAGGGCCCACAAACCUUUGGGUCCUCAAGUUUUCUUCGACUUUCCCCCAAACCUGCACGUGUUCGAGGAGGAGGAGGAUGUGUGGGUGGGAUACAGGAUAGAAGAUCUUGCGGGAGACAUCUCGGGCCGCGUCCUGCUCAACGGGCAGCAUGUCAUUGACAUCUGGAAUGCUAAAGGAAGCAUUUCGAUGAAUACGGUGGAGCUUGAAAGAGGAGUAGUGUACAACUUCACCAUCGUCAUAGUCAAUGAGCGAGCAGAGCAUACCACUGCUGCUUCGCUCCUCUUCAUGGCAAACAAGGAAAACAAGAUCACGAAACCAUGCUUUCAAGAUCCGACACAGUGCGUGAUGGUCGAUGAUCUCGAGGUGGAGGAGGAGGAGGGCCUGGGGGAGGAUAGCACCAAAGAGGGUAAAGCUGACUUCUUCGGCCUUGACCUCUUCCUCAACCUUCACCUGAUGCCUCUGAGGAGGAGGAGGAGCAUUUCAAUGCACCAGUCUUCCGACUCGGGAUUGCCGAGGAUGCCCGAUUUCAGUCACUUCCUCCGAGCGGAGCGCAUGGAGCUGGUGCUGUUCGAUGACUUCGGGCCAGGGCUCAUCACCCGCAUUUUCAUUCCCCUCCUCGAUGCUCCCAACGGCUCAGGGCCGAGCUGGAGGGUGAGGAUGAGAGUUGACGGGGAGACAUACCUGGAUGAGACGUUCGAGACCCUCACCUCCCUCAGCCUUCCCCCUUUCUCGCACCCCCUGGCUGGCUACGGCGACCCUUCCCUCGGGUUCCUUUCCAUGGUUCCCAUCCUCUUCCGCCAUCGAUGCACAGUGUCGCUCGCUGUUCCUCCUCCCUACGAUGCUCAGCAAAUCUUUCAAGACUCCGUCCGCUGCCUCGAGGAAGAAACCAUCUGCUCUACUAAGAUCUACUGGGAUGUAGACUAUCGCCGCUUCGGGCUCACCAAGGAGGAGGAGGAGGAUAUGCCGAUCAAUGUUGCCGUGAGGGAGGCCGUGAAGCACAGGAAGGCCCUCGUCGACUCGCUCCGCCUCCUCUCUCACGUCGGUGCCGUACAUCUGCCAUUCCCCUCCAUCGUCGUCAACUCCUCGACCUCGUUCGUCGAUGAUGAUCGCAAACUGCCCGCUGCCUCCUCGUCGGUCUUGUGGGCAGAGAGGGGAAAGGGAUGCAUUCUAUCGAUCCAGAUCGACCUCAAGGAUGUAGAGGAUCCUUGGAACCUCCUCCUCCAGAUUGUCUUCGACGAUGAAGCUGAGCCGCAAGUACAGGCUCCGCUUCCUGCCUUCUUCCUCUGGACGAGAAGGUCGCAGCUGGAGCAAAAUCAUCGCGCGCGCUCCCUUUUCGUUGGCCAUGAGGAUCGCCUGGGCUACAGUCACUUUCCAAUGCCCUUUUUUAGCUCCGCAGAGAUCAGAAUCGUCUGCAGCAACAACGAAAGCAGCAGCAGCAGCAGCAGCAGCAGCAGCAGCAGCAGCAGCAGCAAAGAGCUAAACCUCAGCGUCGGUCUUCGGGUUCAGUUUGUCAAGGACCCGCCUUGGCUCUCCGCGCUCGCUCCCAACCUUGUCGGCACAUUCCACACGUGCUACAAAGAGCCUUCAGCCACGCAGAGGGGAACCGAUUUUCAGCUCCUCCGCCGCCGGGGAUCGUGGGGACAUGUAGUCGGGGUAUCGCAGGAGAUCACGAGUCGAGUAGGAAGAGCAGGAGAGAGUUUCUACGAGGGUGACUACCGCUUCUGGAUGGAUUGUAUGGUGAGCGAGAGCAUCCACGAGACAGGGACGGAGGACUUCUUCAACGCGGCUCACGGCUACAUCGCCCUCGCCAACUUCUCUCUGCCCCUUCACGGCGCGCCUUACAUUCGCCAUCCCCACAUGGCUCCUCCUGACAGCGACGAAGGGCAUGUUUGGCACACUUAUCGUCUCAUGCUCGCAGACGCCAUCACCUUCAACCAUCAGCUCGUCGCUAGCUUGGAGCACGGGAGCGUGCAGAACAGCUUGAAUGCACAGGAGAGCAACCAGGCAGAGGGUUGGUACGGGAGCUUGACGUACUUUUACGUAGGAAGAAAUGAGAAGAGGGUGGCAGAGGCUGAGAAAAAGGGGAGGUUUGAGCUUUGGACGUCAGAGCAGCAGGAGCAGGAGCAUCAGCAGGAGCAGGAGCAGGUCUCUUGCGAUCGUUUCCUCCUUGAUCGUUUGCAUUGUGGGAAUGCCGCUUCACGUGCGGAGCACGAGUAUCAUGUGGAACUUCUCAACGUCUCCACCAUUCGCGUUCAGAUGACGAUGAUGAAAGAGAGCCAGCAGCAGCAGCAGCAGCAGCAGGAGGCCAUUGAGCUGAAGGAGGAUGUGAGGAAGAAGCUGGGCGACGCUGACUCAAACGGCAGCUGGACGUGGGGCAGCUGGAGCAUACGGAGGGAGACGAGGAGGAUGGAACUUGAACUUCCUCGCAGAUCUCCCUGGGCCUUCGGGGACGAUCUGGUGGAGAACUUCGUCUUCCAGAUCUCCGAAGAGGAGGAGAGAAAGUCUCUUGUCCAGCGCCUCUGCCACCAGCCCACUCAGCUUGUCCUCAAAGGGCCUUUUGUCAUCGAGUUUCACUUAGAUGCUCCAGAUGUUCUCAACGGAGACUUCCUAGUAUUAAGACGAACCUUCGAUUACCGGGAGGAGGAUCAGUGUGCACGCGUGGAGGUUGGGCCGCAUGCUCUAGGAAUGUGGUAUGCGAGCGGAUCGACGAAGCACGAGGAGUCGAGGAGGAAGGAAGCCGACCUUCUCAUCCCUACCGACUACGUCAAGGUGAGCUGCCCCCGCCGCUGA